AUGAAGUGUGCAAACUUGGCUGUACUGCUGGUGUUUCUACAAAAUGCCAUUGCAUUGAAUGCAGCCAGAACCAUGCUCCAGAAUGUGCCAUUUGCCAAUGUGACCGGCUCUUUGAAUGACCAUGGAGUGUGCCAAUGCUCAGUGUACCUGCCAGACACAGUGUUUCCUGUGCAGAAGGUCGAGAUGCUGGAAAUCACAGCCCAAGUGCUUUCUGAGAAAUUUGAAAGAGAACUUACUAAAGUUAGCCAAUAUACUAAAGCAAUUGAAAUGUACGAAGAGAAAAUCCAAAACCUAACGAUCAAGGUGGAACAUAUGGAGUCCACCAGUGUUUCUUACACGGAGUUGGACUUUCAGUUACUGAAACUUGAAAUCAAUGAAAUGGAGAGACUGGUCGCUCAGCUGAAAUCCACACUUGUUGGAAGCAAUGUGAUUGUUGAACAACUAUACGUGGAGAUCAAGAAUCUGACUCUCAUGGUAAAUGAUCUGGAAUCACUGGACAAAAACAAUAUCCUUGCAAUCCAUCGAGAAAUUGUGGCUCUCCAGAAUAGACUGAAGGAAUGUGAAAAACACAGAGAUCAAACCACAACACCCUCUUAUUUCCCACCAGCUGAGUUGUUUGUCACUGCACAACAGCUGGGAAAUUUUGGGUACAAGCCAUCCAUUUCCAACGCUUUCAUCAUAUGUGGUGUUCUAUAUGCCACAAGACCUGUCAACACUAGGAAAGAGGAAAUAUUUUACACAUACGACACAAACACUGAACAGGAAGGUAAAAUUAGCAUAAUUAUGGAUAAAAUGUUAGAAACAAUUCAAAGUAUCAACUAUAACCCCUCAGACCAAGUCCUGUAUGUUUACAAUGAUGGCUACCUUGUUAAAUACAAUCUUAUUUUUCAACCUGUGUUGCAUUGA